GGAAGUUUUUCGACACUAGAAUUGUAAUUAUCCGUGACUUUGGAGGCCAGGAUUUACUUGUUUUAAAGAGCAUUUUACUUGUAUACACGAGGCGUGCAUAGUAUUACUUAUUUUUUGCUGUGGAUUGCAUGCUCUAUUCGUGUCAAUGAUCUUUUUGGCGCCUGCAAGUAUCCAAGCCGUCAUUGCCAAUCGUAAAACGCAUAUGCUCUCUCUCUCUGCAACUAUAAAUUCUGGGGAAAUGGUAGCCUCUUUAGCUUGGAGCUCUAUGUUUUCUAGAGGUUGUGCUUUGCCUGUGAAUAUAGGCUUCUGUAAUCGAGGCAAGGAUUCAAAUACACACCUUUCUUCUAAUUGUGAAAGAAAAAGAAAUUCAGCUGUGCUUGUGAGAGCUCGCACUAAUGCUCCUGUGAUGCCCGAGUAUGAGCAUACUCCAGCUAAUAGAGAGCUCAGAACUCCUCAUAGUGGGUACCAUUUUGAUGGAAGUGCACGCCGUUUUUUCGAGGGUUGGUACUUCAAGGUCUCAAUUCCAGAGCAAAAACAGAGCUUUUGCUUUAUGUACUCAGUGGAGGACCCAGCCUUCAGUGGAAAGUUAGGGAAAUUCGAUGAGGCAGUUUAUGGGUCUCGAUUUACUGGAGUUGGAGCUCAAAUUCUUGGAGCCCAUGAAAAAUAUAUUUGUCAAUUUUCUGAAGAGUCUAAUAAUUUUUGGGGAGACAGGCAUGAGCUCACAUUAGGUAACACAUUUUUAGCAAGGGAAGCCGUCUCUGCUCCAAAUGGCGAAGUUUCUCCACAGGAGUUCCAAAAGUGUGUCUUGGAAGGGUUCCAAGUUACUCCCAUUUGGCAUCAGGGAUUUAUACGCGAUGAUGGAAGGUCACCUUAUGUGCAAACUGUGAAGAGUGCACGUUGGGAGUAUAGCACCCGUCCUAUAUAUGGAUGGGGUGAUGUUGGCUCUAACCAGAAAUCCACUGCAAGCUGGCCUGCAGCACUGCCCGUAUUUGAGCCUCAUUGGCAAGUUUGCAUGGCCGGCGGACUGUCAACGGGUUGGAUUGAGUGGGAUGGUGAACAGUUUGAAUUUGAAGAUGCUCCUUCAUACUCUGAAAAGAAUUGGGGUGGUGCCUUCCCCAAAAAAUGGUUCUGGGUUCAAUGUAAUGUUUUUGAAGGUGUAACUGGGGAAGUUGCAUUGACUGCUGCUGGUGGAACAAGGAAACUUGUCGGACUAACUGAGACAUUUGAAGAUGUUGCUCUGAUUGGAGUACACUAUGAUGGGAAAUUUUAUGAAUUUGUGCCAUGGACUAGCACUGUCAAAUGGAAGAUCGCACCUUGGGGUUAUUGGUAUAUGUCGGGCGAAAAUGACUCGUAUAAGGUCGAAUUAGAGGCGACAACAAAAUCAGAUGGAACUGUUCUGAGGGCCCCAACAAUAGAGGGAGGUCUCAUCCCAUAUUGCAGAGAUACAUGCUCAGGCGACCUCAAGUUACGGCUCUGGGAAAGACGAUAUGAUGGCACUGAGGGCAAGCAAUGGUGUCCUGGAAUCAGAUCAAAGCUUAGUCGCUACAAAAAUUUCAGCAAUGGUGUCCUGGAAAACAAUAUUGCUUGCUUUCGGCAUAACAACAAUAGAUGUCGGGAUGCUUGAAUUGGCCUCCGCCAUUGGCGGGAGUGGUGAGCGUGGUAUAAUUUUCAGGAUCCCUUAUUCCUCAUUGGUUGUUCUUAAGGGAUGCAAUAAUUAAGAAAAUAGUGGAUGAUGAUGAAGAGUUAGAAGAAUUCUUUGAUAAUGAAGAGGAGAUGAACAUGAAAAGGCCACUCGUACCAGAGAUUAUCAUUAGCAUCCCAACAUUAAAGAUCGGAAGUGUGUCUUCACCGUAUUUCUCGAAGAACAACUUCUGUCUAAUUUGUUGGGAGAAUUUCAUGGAGGGAGAGAUAGUCAAGGAGUCAAAUUGUGUCCCUGCAGCGACAAGUGGCUCUGCCAAGCUAACUAUUACGCUUAUUGUCAAGGAGUUGUAUCCUUGCAGCCAUAUCUUCCAUGGUGCCUGCAUUGACAAGUGGCUCGGCGCAGCUAACUAGACAAAACAUAUUGCACAAGGUUUAUCAUACUGCCAUGAAACAUCUAAUCUAUUUUCUUUUGGUUGUAGCGUGAAUUAUUUUAUUUUUUA